UACAAAACUCCCAAACAAAAAACCUACAUAUAAAUAUACACAUUCUUCUCAGGACUCUUACACUUACUCAAUUUUUAUUUUUUUGGGUGCGAAAAAGGUUUUCAAGCCAUGGCAGAAGAAGAUCAAAACAAGAAGAUCAAAACAAACAAUCCAAAAACUUAUCAAGUGAGAAAAGAAUGCAUAAAGAGGAAAACAAUGGAGCUUUCAACUCUUUGUGAUAUCCCUGUCUGUACUAUUAUUACAAGUCCUCAAGGAGAACUUCAAACUUGGCCUGAAAGUUUGGAUGCUGUUAAAGAAGUUCUUGCUAUGUACACUCAAAAUAAAAAACCCGAAAAAAAGGCCAAGGAACUAUCAUCAUCAGAAGAAGAAAAAGAAAAAGAUGCAGAAGAACAAGGAGAGAAAGAUAUUCUGACCCUAGUGGAAUCCAAACUUGAUGCUGUGAACAAGAGAAUUCGUUUCUUGGAGGACAAGAAUGUUAUUGGUAAGGGUAAAAGAAAGAGAAUUGAAUGAUUUGUUGAUAUGGGGGGUGGGAUUGGGUUUAUUUUCUGAAUUUUGGUAACUAGAGUUUUGAUUUAUAGAAGUUGAAAGAUUAUCUGAUUUGGGAAGUGUGUCUUUUUCCUUCAAUAUGAAGAUACCUAUAUUUUGCUCCUUGGCGUUCUUAUUCUUAUUUUGAGUGGUA